AUGAUCGAACUGUCAGAAGGUGGCACCAUCGUUAGCUGGACAUCUGCAGAUUAUCUAUUCAGUGACGAUGCGUCCAGUCCUGAUACGCAAAGGAUAUUUGAGAGUGUGGACUAUGCAGAGGACAGGGUGACGGUUUUCCACAGUCUGUACCUCUCUGCGUGUGAAAAGACCCAGAGCACAGAGUCUGUCUCCAUCGGCCACUACGUGCUGCCCCCAACCUGCAUUCAGAAAGCAUUUUUUGGGAAAAAUAUGGCAUUGGAGUUACCGAGGCCCCAAAAUGAGCGACCCAGAGAAGAAACAAAGAUAAGCCAAGAAGCUGACGUAUUGACAACACCUCAGAAACAAACUUCCCAGUGCUGUAAUGUACAGCAGUACCCCGUCAAUAACAUGGUCACAGGAUAUGUUUUCAUUGAUGCAAUGACAAGGUUUUCGGGCGAACUGCAUGACUUCCUUCCAGGCCACCCUGGGUUCUUAGUUUCUAAAGCUCACAAUGAAAAAUACAGCAUUACAUCAGAUGAAGAAAGAGCAGUGAGGUGUGUGAAAUGAUGGCCUUUACACAGGCAAUGGCUGUAUAUGCUCUUCACGUGUCAUCAAACUGUUCAUCUACAUCUCCUACCAUUACACUGUAAAACAUGAUCAAAUGUAGUACAUUGUAA